AAAGUGGGAAGUGGAGUGUGCGGGUUGUCUGUGGGCGGGCUGUUCAGCCACGCGCCCCGCCUCCAGCUCACUCACUCGCGCCCAGCCUCGGGGCUGCCAGCUCCGAGGGGCUCAGCUGCUCUGCAGAGGGACCGACAUAUGAGGAGCUGAGCAGCCAGCAAAAGUGGGAUGAAGUUCACUGAUGGCAAAGCACUUUUAAUCUCCCAGGCAGAAGGGCCUUGGCUGGUCAUCCUUACUGGCCUGUCCCGGAAAGGAGAACGGGCCUCGGAGCAGUAAGGCAACAGAAUGCCCCCUGGGGUGGACUGCCCCAUGGAGUUCUGGACCAAAGAGGAGAGUCAGAACGUGGCUGUUGACUUCCUGCUGCCCACAGGGGUCUACCUGAACUUCGCGGUGCCCCGAAAUGCCAACCUCAGCUCCAUCAAACAGGUGCUGUGGCGAAAUGCGCAGUAUGAGCCGUUCUUCCACAUGCUCAGUGACCCUGAGGCUUACGUGUUCACCUGCGUGAACCAGACAGCCGAGCAGCAGGAGCUGGAGGAUGAGCAGCGCAGGCUGUGUGACAUCCAGCCCUUCCUGCCCGUGUUGCGCCUCGUGGCGCGAGAGGGCGACCGCGUGAAGAAGCUCAUCAACUCCCAGAUUAGCCUCCUCAUCGGCAAAGGUCUCCAUGAGUUUGAUUCCUUGAGGGACCCGGAAGUGAACGACUUCCGCACUAAGAUGCGCCAGUUCUGCGAAGAGGUCGCUGCUCGCCGCCAACAGCUGGGCUGGGAGGACUGGCUGCAGUAUAGCUUCCCCCUGCAGCUGGAGCCCUCGGCAAGGAGUUGGCGGGCUGGCAUCCUCCGCGUCACCAGCAGAGCCCUGCUGGUCAAUGUGAAGUUUGAGGGCAGUGAGGAGAGCUUCACCUUCCAGGUGUCCACCAAGGACAUGCCCCUGGCACUAAUGGCCUGUGCCCUCCGGAAGAAGGCCACAGUGUUCCGGCAGCUUCUGGUGGAGCAGCCUGAAGACUAUACCCUCCAGGUGAACGGGAGGCAUGAAUACCUCUAUGGCAGCUACCCGCUCUGCCAGUUUCAGUACAUCUGCAGCUGCCUGCACAGCGGACUGACUCCCCACCUGACCAUGGUCCACAAAUCCUCCAUCCUCGCCAUGCGGGAUGAGCAGAGCAACCCUGCCCCCCAAGUCCAGAAACCACGCACCAAACCUCCCCCAAUCCCUGCUAAGAAGCCCUCCUCUGUGUCCUUGUGGUCCCUGGAGCAGCCUUUCUGCAUUGAGUUGAUCGAGGGCAGCAAAGUGAAUGCGGAUGAGCGGAUGAAGCUGGUUGUACAGGCCGGGCUCUUCCAUGGCAACGAGAUGCUCUGCAAGACGGUGUCCAGCUCAGAGGUGAAUGUGUGCUCAGAGCCCGUGUGGAAGCAGCGGCUGGAGUUUGACAUCAACAUCUGUGACCUGCCGCGCAUGGCUCGGCUCUGCUUCGCGCUCUAUGCCGUCGUGGAGAAGGCGAAAAAGGCGCGCUCUACAAAGAAGAAGUCCAAGAAGGCGGACUGCCCCAUUGCCUGGGCCAACCUCAUGCUAUUCGACUACAAAGACCAGCUCAAGACUGGGGAACACCGUCUCUACAUGUGGCCCUCUGUCCCAGAUGACAAAGGAGAGCUGUUGAACCCGGCGGGUACAGUGCGUAGUAACCCCAACACGGAGAGCGCCGCGGCCCUGGUCAUCUGCCUGCCUGAGGUGGCCCCCCAUCCUGUGUACUUCCCUGCUCUGGAGAAGAUCCUGGAGCUGGGGCGUCAUGGUGAACGUGGGCGCAUCACAGAGGAGGAGCAGCUGCAGCUGAGGGAGAUCCUGGAGCGGCGGGGGUCUGGGGAGCUGUACGAACACGAGAAGGACCUGGUGUGGAAGAUGCGGCAUGAAGUCCAGGAGCACUUCCCGGAGGCCCUGGCCCGCCUGCUACUGGUCACCAAGUGGAAUAAGCACGAGGAUGUGGCCCAGCUGUCCCAGAUGGUCUAUUUGCUGUGCUCCUGGCCGGAGCUUCCUGUGCUGAGUGCCCUGGAACUGCUGGACUUCAGCUUCCCUGACUGCUACGUGGGCUCCUUCGCCAUCAAGUCCCUGAGGAAGCUGACGGAUGAUGAGCUUUUCCAGUACCUUCUGCAGCUUGUGCAGGUGCUCAAAUACGAGUCCUACCUGGACUGCGAGUUGACCAAAUUCUUGCUGGACCGAGCCCUGGCGAACCGCAAGAUCGGCCACUUCCUCUUCUGGCACCUCCGCUCUGAGAUGCACGUGCCAUCAGUGGCGCUGCGUUUUGGCCUCAUCAUGGAGGCCUACUGCAGAGGCAGCACCCACCACAUGAAGGUGCUGAUGAAGCAGGGGGAAGCACUGAGCAAGCUAAAGGCGCUGAAUGAUUUCGUGAAGGUGAGCUCGCAGAAGACCACCAAGCCCCAAACCAAGGAGAUGAUGCAUAUGUGCAUGCGCCAGGAGACCUACAUGGAGGCCCUGUCCCACCUGCAGUCUCCGCUCGAUCCCAGCACCCUGCUGGAGGAAGUCUGUGUGGAGCAGUGCACCUUCAUGGACUCCAAGAUGAAGCCACUGUGGAUCAUGUACAGCAGCGAGGAGGCAGGCAGUGCUGGCACCGUGGGCAUCAUCUUUAAGAACGGGGAUGACCUCCGCCAGGAUAUGCUGACUCUGCAGAUGAUCCAGCUCAUGGAUGUCCUGUGGAAGCAGGAAGGCCUGGACCUGAGGAUGACCCCCUACGGCUGCCUCCCCACUGGAGACCGCACAGGCCUCAUUGAGGUGGUCCUCCACUCGGACACGAUUGCCAACAUCCAGCUGAACAAGAGCAACAUGGCAGCCACAGCUGCCUUCAACAAGGACGCCCUGCUUAACUGGCUCAAGUCCAAGAACCCCGGGGAGGCCCUGGAUCGAGCUAUCGAGGAAUUCACCCUCUCCUGUGCGGGCUACUGUGUGGCCACGUAUGUGCUGGGCAUCGGUGACCGACAUAGUGACAACAUCAUGAUCCGAGAGAGCGGACAGCUGUUCCACAUCGAUUUUGGCCACUUUCUGGGGAACUUCAAGACCAAGUUUGGAAUCAACCGUGAGCGAGUUCCCUUCAUUCUCACCUAUGACUUUGUCCACGUGAUCCAACAGGGGAAAACUAGUAACAGUGAGAAAUUCGAAAGGUUCCGCGGCUACUGUGAACGCGCCUACACCAUCCUGCGGCGCCAUGGGCUGCUCUUCCUCCAUCUCUUCGCCCUAAUGCGUGCCGCAGGUCUGCCCGAGCUGAGCUGCUCCAAAGAUACCCAGUAUCUCAAGGACUCUCUGGCACUAGGGAAGACAGAGGAAGAGGCGCUCAAGCACUUCCGGGUGAAGUUCAAUGAGGCCCUACGGGAGAGCUGGAAAACCAAAGUCAACUGGCUGGCGCACAAUGUGUCCAAGGAUAACAGGCAAUAAGGGGCCCUCCCCUGGCUGUCAGCCCCAGAGGUAAACUGUCGGACCUGGGGACUAGGCACGCUCAGUGGUCAUCAAAGAGGCCAUGACACCUGAACGGUUCCUCAGGGGGAGGAACCACACAAUUGCCUCUUGUUUACACUGGUUAUUUAUUUAUGACUCAAAUUAAGGAACAAAACAGCCAUAAAUGGAACUGUCUUUGUGGAGGGGGGGUGAUGUCCUCGUGGGACACCCCUCAUCCCACCCCCAUCAGCACUGUAAGCAACGCCUUGAGGAUCGUACCCCGAGUCUUCCAACCUGUGGACCUUGGCCCAGCAAAGAGUUCUUCUUGGGGCCUUCUUCAGGCUCCCAGCUAGGCUGCCUGGGGCAAGCCUGGCAGUGACCUGUUACCUCCCAUCCAGACAGACGACACCUCAAUCCUCAGCUCACCUCCACCACCUUUGUGUGGCCCACCUUUGGCGACCUCCACCAACCAAGCCUCUGGCAGCUCCCGAGGAAGUCAGGGCACCCUCUAGACUCAGGCACGUUUGCUCUGCCCUGCUGAAGUGACCUCUUGGAUAUGGGGACACCCUCACCUUUUAUUUUCGGGUAAGAAAAGGAUAGCCAAACUAUGUACAGAACUCGAUAGCUGGGAGAAGGGCCUGGCCCCCCACUAUGAAUAGUAUGUGCCAGUCUUAAACACUCAAAACUGGCGACUGGUUCAGGGCAGUGUGGUCACGAAUGGAGACAAAGGCAAGAACAGAGUCCACUGUGCAGAGUGUGAAAGAGUGUGAGCCACACCCAAAGGCAGCUUUAGGGACAGGCAGGAUCUCUCCCAGAGCUAUCCCCUGAAAGGCAGCUGGAGAGCCAGGUUCUGAAGGGAGAACAAGAGUGAGGGCCAAAUUCAAAGCAGCCUGGGCUUUCAUCCUUGAAAAGGAACAGAUCACAACGACUCUAGAGAUGCAGGUCUGAGCCUCCUCCCGGGCUUCCCACAGCCACUCUAGCGAUGGAGCAAGGCACCUGGGCUUUUAGCUCAAUGAUCUGGGGACACAGCUCAGUGAUACAGCAUGCGCUCCAUCUCCAUGUAUCGGCUGCCACCUCAGGACCUGGGUGUCUCGGUAUCAUUCUGAGACCUGCAGACCCUUCGUGGCUGUGUUGCCAGCAGCCCAGAACAUGGCUCAAGGAGGCCAGGUGCCAGUGCCCCCUGUUGAUGAGCUGAGGGUCCAGCAGCAGUUUGUACCUCCACAAAGAACCUGCUUAGCCCACAGUAGCUGCUGAAACCCUUAGUCUGCCCCCCACCAAUGCUGAGACAGGAAAUGUGCUCGUGUGUGUGAGAGAGAGAGAGAGAGUGUUGUGUGUGUGCAUGCGUGUGUGCGUGCCUGCCAAGUUAUUUAUUGAAACGAGUCUGGGUGCUCCCUGGUGUGGUGCAGACUGCACACGCUCAGCCUUUGAGUUUUUAUGGUCUGUGCACCUGGCUGUAAGAAUAUUUUCUAUUUUUUUUUAAGUCAUUUCAUGUUUGUGUGUGGGAAGUGGACUUCCUUCCACUGAUGUGGGCUGAGACAUCGGUGCCACCUUGACUUGACAGGUAAAGACAGGUGGAAAGAAAUAAAAGGCUUUCUAUGUUCUUACAUUCUCGGCUCCAAAAGCAGCAGGGGGUGGGCUGGGGACCCUGCUCAGGGGUGGAACACGUACCUGGAACGUGCGAGGCCUGAUGCCUUCCUCCAUACCAUAACAACCGAAACAAAUCCUGGCACGGGUGUGGUGGGCACCUGCAAUCCCAGCACUGUGCACGCAGAGGCAGAAGGAUUGCUGUAAGUUCGUAAGCAGCCCUGGUCUAGACAGGAAGUUCCAGGUCAGCCUGCCAGGGCUCCACAGCAGAUCUUGUCUCCCAAAUAAGGAAGUGACAGAACAGACCCCACUCAGGCUGGAGUUAGAACCAGAACUUUAUUAUAAUGCAUACACUUCCUGAUCUAGCGUCAAUAUACACAGAUUAAAGGGGACAGACGCUGCAGCUACCAACACAUGAACAUGUCCCUCUCCCCAUCAGCAUCUGUCCAUCUAAUAAGACAGCUACAGGGACUGGACAUGGGAGGGUGGCCUCAGACAGUACAGCCGUCGGCAUCCUUAAAACUAGCAGUGAGGGCCAGAGACUCCCAGUUGGAGAAGUCUAACUGAUUGUAUGUGGCGAGCUGAGUGCUGUGGGCUUAGACGCUGUCUCCUACCUCGCCACCAAGCAACGAGACUCCUAGCUACGGGGGCUUGGGUCUUAUCCCACACCCCGACAGCAAGGGGGCAUCCCAUGGGGCCUCUAGGGAGGAGAGGAAACGGCCUGUUUUGGAGCAUUCUAGCACUUUGUCUUUGGGCCUCAGUAUCUCCUUUUGGAUGUUGCAGUAUAGACUUACUCAGGCCUGUUGUCUUCAGAUCAAGGAGCCCGAGUGUCUUGCAGAAUUAGCUGUCAGUUCUCAUGAGCUACACAUUUUCACCAACAGGGAGACAUAUUUAGUAAAGAGAAACCACGAGGCUGCAAGUGAGGUGGCUGCCGGUCACUGGAGUGUACGAGAGGCCAGGGGCCUUGGCAACUACCUGGCUGUUGAAGCCUCUAAAUGUGGUUGGGGUGCUCGGGUCUGGUCCUCCAAGCAGCACUGGAAAGAAGCCUGUGGCCUCUGCCACGUGACUGUAGAGACCCCAGCAAGGGCCAAGUGACCUGGACCUCUCUAACCUGAUCUCUUGUGAGGAAGGUGGAAGAGGGAGAGUUCCUCCUGGGCCUGUGUCUGACUUCAACUUUACACUCCUGUGCUGGGCUAUACUAGCACAGGAGAACACAAAGAAUCCCGGUUUAUUUACAAAAUAUUAAAAAGCCAGUUGGUCAUCUACAUAUUAACCCCCAAUCUCCCACUUUAUACAUGCACUAGUUGAAAAAAAAAUAAAAACUUUUAAAAAUAAAGAAAAA